AGCUUUACAAUGAGAACAACAAAGUGCUUCCAACGUGGUCUCUGAAUGAGACCUAUUUUACGUUAUGGAAACUGGGGGGGCGGAAGAAAGGGAGAAUAGGAGGCGGUCCAACUUCGUCACGGGAAAAGAAUAAGAGGCGGAGUGUCUGGGGCGCGCACGCGCAGUGUAAGGCAAUGGCGCUCUGUAGAGACUGGCGGAAGCUAGGUUUGCAAUAUGGCGGCCGAGGCAGACGGACUGCUCAAACGGGCGCUGGUGCCGAUUCUUUUACCUGAGAAAUGCUAUGACCAACUUUUCGUCCAGUGGGACUUGCUUCACGUCCCCUGCCUCAAGAUUCUCCUCAGCAAAGGCCUGGGGCUGGGCAUUGUGGCUGGGUCACUUCUAGUAAAGCUGCCCCAGGUGUUUAAAAUCCUGGGAGCCAAGAGUGCCGAAGGGCUGAGUCUCCAGUCAGUAAUGCUGGAGUUAGUGGCAUUGACUGGGACCAUGGUCUACAGCAUCACCAACAACUUCCCAUUCAGCUCUUGGGGUGAAGCCCUGUUCCUGAUGUUCCAGACAAUCACCAUCUGCUUCCUGGUCAUGCACUACAGAGGACAGACUGUAAAAGGUGUUGCUUUCCUAGCCUGCUACGCCCUGGUCCUGCUGGUGCUGCUUUCACCUCUGACACCCUUGGCUGUAGUCACUCUGCUGCAGGCCUCCAACGUGCCUGCUGUGGUGGUGGGGAGGCUGCUCCAGGCAGCCACCAACUACCGCAAUGGGCACACAGGUCAGCUCUCAGCCAUCACAGUCUUCCUGUUGUUUGGGGGCUCCCUGGCCCGAAUCUUCACUUCCAUUCAGGAAACUGGAGACCCACUCCUGGCUGGAACCUUUGUGGUUUCCUCCCUCUGUAAUGGCCUCAUCGCUGCCCAGCUCCUCUUCUACUGGAAUGCAAAGCCUGCCCACAAGCAGAAAAAGGUGCAGUAGGGCUGAGCCAGCUACUGGAGUCAUUCCGUGUUUCCAUUUGCCCAUCCAACCUCAGGGUCCUCCCCAUCUGAGCCAGUCUGCUGGUGUGACGUAAUCAUCCUCCAUUCCUCUGCAAUUGCAACUUGAGCCAGGGUUUGCUUUUAAUGAAAAUGGACAGUUGGUGGACCUAGAUCCUUAGAAAAGGAGAGAACAGGGGUGGAGUCUUUUAAACUGUCUUUCUGACAUUGGAGUGCUUUUCUAAGUCCUGGACCUGUACUAUUAAUCAUUUGGCUGAGACUCCUUUAGCAGCAAUUUCCAGCUGUUUAACACUAUUCUAGACAAAUGUCUUACCCUGUCCUCCCAUCUCCCCACUCCCCUUCUGUCCCUGGAGGACAAAGCAUGGACUGUGGAAUAGAGGAACUAGGGGCUGUGGCUGCCUCCCUCCCCAGCCUGGCUGAAACUGUCUCCUGGACUCCAGUGCUGGGGGCGGGGAAUGACUCAGGCAGGGCCCCAGGGUGGGGUGAGGAGGUUCUUGCUCUGGCAGGUCCAGGCGGAAGGGAGUGGAGACAGGACUAGUUCCUGCUGCAGUUGUACUGAGGGGGAACAGUGAUGGGACAAUAAAGACUCAAGAGACAUGAUUUAGUCAUA